AUGGAUAAAUACACAUUCCCUUGCGACCCGGUCGCCAACCCAGCCGCUGUUGUAAAAGGACCAACAUACCGCUUCACACUGCUCAGCGAGACAGUUUUACGAUACGAAUGGGCUGAAGACGGUGUCUUUGAAGACCGUGCCUCAGCCUUUGCCAUCAACCGCAACUUUACCCCGCCAGCAUUUACUGUCAAUGAUGGCGACGAGCAGAUUGAGGUGGUUGCCCGCAACUUCCACAUCACAUAUGAUAAGAAGCGUUUCAGUCGAAGCGGCUUCAUUGUUGGUUUUCCAAGCAAAGUGACUCUUUGGGGAGCCGACUGGCGCUAUGGCGAGACGGCGAAAGAUAACCUGGGUGGCACGGCCAGAACUCUAGACGAGGUUGAUGGCCGUUGCGAUAUGGGAGAAGGUGUUUUAUCGCGAUCUGGAUUUACCACACUUGACGACAGCGAGACUUUUCUCUUUGACGGACAGGGGUUCGUUGCGCCUAGGAGAAGCGGUGAUCGUAUCGACGGAUACAUGUUUGUCUACGGACACGACUACAAGGGUGCGAUGAAGGCGUUUUAUGAUAUUUCUGGCCGUCAGCCUGCGCUUCCGCGUUGGGCCCUGGGGAAUUGGUGGAGCAGAUAUCAUCCGUAUUCAGCGAGCGAGUAUAUCCAACUGAUGGAUACGUUUGCCAAGCGAGAUGUGCCGCUGUCUGUUGCGGUGGUGGACAUGGACUGGCAUCAGGUCAAAGGUGACCACAUCCCCCACGCUGGCUGGACGGGGUACAGUUGGAACAAGGAACUGUUUCCUGAUCCUGCUGCGUUUGGGAAAGCGCUUCACGAUCGUGGCUUGAAAAUAACGCUCAAUGACCAUCCUCACGGCGGCGUUCAUCACCACGAAGACCUCUACGAGACCAUGGCCAAGGCCAUCGGACAUGAUACGUCUAAAAAGGCUCCAAUCUUAUUCAACCCCACUGAUCCCAAAUUCAUGGACGCCUUCCUGAGUGUCCUACAUCGCAGUAUCGAAAAAGAAGCCUGCGAUUUCUGGUGGAUCGACUGGCAGCAGGGUCCUAUCUCCCGAAUCCCAGGUCUCGAUCCGCUCUGGCUGCUCAACUACUUCCACUUCCAGGACCACGUCAAUCAAAAUGGCGAGGGAAAGGGAAUCAUAUUCUCGCGGUACGCAGGACCAGGGAGUCAUCGAUACCCCGUCGGCUUCUCCGGAGAUUCCAUCCGAACAUGGGAAUCUCUCCAGUUCCAACCAGAAUUCACAGCAACCGCCUCUAACAUCGGUUACGGAUGGUGGAGUCACGACAUUGGCGGCCACAUGGGCGGCAUUCGGGACGACGAAAUGGCCACUCGAUGGAUCCAAUAUGGCGUCUUCUCGCCCAUCUUCCGCCUCCAUUCGUCCAACAGCCAGUGGACGUCCAAGGAGCCGUGGAAGUUCCGCACAGAACACUGCCAGGCCAUGGAGCACUUUAUGCAGUUCCGUCACAGAAUGGUGCCUUAUCUACAUACAGUGAAUCUGCAAGGCGGCGCCGAACCUAUCGUCCGCCCUCUCUACUGGGAAUAUCCCGCCCGGGAAGAAGCCUACGAGAAGCCAAACGAGUAUUUCUUCGGCUCGCACCUCAUCGUUGCCCCCAUCGUUACGAAGCGAAAUCCAGACACAAACCUGGCCAGUGUGAAUGUCUGGGUCCCGCCAGGUCGACACGUCGACAUCUUCACGGGGCAGAUCUACGACGGGGACCGUGAAAUUCAAAUGUACCGCCCUAUCGAGACGAUUCCCGUCAUCACGCCCGAGGGAUCCAUCAUUCCACUUGAUGCGGAUACGUUCCCUGAAAACGGGUGCCAGAACCCCACUGCCCUGGAAGUCAUCAUCGUGGUAGGCAAAGACGGGGAAUUCACCAUCCUCGAAGAUCCAAACGAUGAUAUUGGCGCUGACAAAACCAUCGUCAAUGGCACUGCUUCGAACCACCGCAAAAUAACACUCGACUACAAACAAUCCACGGGAAGACUCCGCGUCUCCGAAUCAAACAAGACCUGGAAAUUCAAAUUCCUCUCCCUGACUAACAUCCCUUCUACACUGGAAGUGCGUGUCGGAGACGUCAUUACCAACUGUAACAUUCACGUGGAUACUACACCUUCGCCAGGUCUGGUGGUGCAGAUUCCGCCGCAGAGUGAAGCCAGGGAUGUGGAAAUCACGCUGGGUCCUGAGCCGCAGCUGGGGGUGUUGGAUAGAUUGGCUGUUUUGACGAAGUGGUUGUUGGAUUUUCAGAUGGACUUUACGGUGAAGGAUAAGAUUCUUGCGGCGGUGGAGGGGAAGACGCUUGCUAGUAGGAUUGGGGGAGUGAUGAGUUUGGGGUUGGAGGGGGAUGUUUCGGGGCCGGUGGUGGAGUUGUUGACGGGGGAUAGUCGUGUUUAG